AUGGGGGACUCUUUUGUUGACUACAAUUCUAUUCCUAUCAAAUCUCGCGAAGAAGUUGCCAUGCUACGGCUGGCAGGCAAGAUAUCCGCAAAAAUCCUUGAAGAUCUGACCCCACACGUUCAACCGGGAGUGACGAAGAAGGAGUUGAACGACAUUGCGUAUAAUUUGAUUGUCAACAAAUACGGAGCUGAAGUUGACCGGGAGGAUUUAACUGGGUACGACUCCAGCGCUUAUGCAUGCGUCUCUUUUUCCCACAACGAAAUCGCCUUCAAUGGUGAAGCGACCAAUAUUCCUUUAAAAAAGGGUGAUAUAUUCGGAGUCGAUGUAAGCCUUAAAAAGGAAGGCUGGUGUGGCGACACCUCGCGGCAGUGGAUUGUUGGAGAUGACACCUCAGCUCAAGCUCGUCUUCUGGUUGCAGUCGCGUACCAGGCCAUGUGUCUCGGGAUCAAACUGGUUCGACCGGGUGCUAAACUUCAGGAUAUUGCUGUCACCGUCCAGAAGUAUGUUGAGUCAUUUGGAUUUUCAAUGCUCCGAGUGGGGAGUGCCACUGGCCACUCCAUUGGCAGAGUCCAUGCUGAUGGUUGGCACAUUCCUUUUUACCAUGACCCACGGAACGAGGGCCGUGUACUUCAGGAAGGGAUGGUGAUUACUAUUGAGCCAUUUAUCUGCGCCGGCAAAUCAGAGGGCAUCCGUGUAGACAAUGUUACCAGAUCUGCAGUUACUACAGACAACUCCUUGGCAGCCUAUUGGGAGCAUGUUGUUGCCAUUACAAAGGAUGGGUGUGAGGUGCUAGAUUUGAGAGAAGGAGAGGAUGUGACAUUCUACGGAGAAGUUUCAAAGUUGGUUUAA